CACAACUGAAAGAAGAAUAAACUCUCGCAUAUUCAGAAUCUGUGGAAGGGAUCUCAUCCUGAGAAAACUCUCAACUUCCCUUAACAGCGUCAUUCUUGGCUUUGGUUUACUGCAUAAAGAAACUUGAUACAAGGGUCUUCAGAAAGCGAGUGGACAAGACAAUUUUAGUUGAAGCCAUGGUUCUGCGGCUUGAUCAUAUCGGAUUCUUGGAUACAAGCAAUAACAAUCCUUCCUGGAAGUCCCUCCUUUUAUUUUUCAUCUUUACUGUUCCAUGGUGUUCUGCCUCGUGACACUUUUCUGCAAUUUCGAUUUAAUAGGUUGGACUAAAUACAAAUUUGAAGAAAGAUCGGCAUGGAAGGUGGUGCCUUCAGGAAAAAUACAAUAUUCAGGACCACCCCGGACACUUUUAUGGACUUGAAUUUCACGGAUGAACUCUUGGUUCAAGGAUAUUGGUGCGAGAGAAGUGAUGGAGUCAACUUUUUCGAGCCUGAACCUUCCAUCUCUAGUGCUGUGUAUGACCCUUCACCAUAUUUGCCUUGUAUGGGGUCUGGUCAUUUGAGUAUAAACACACACGAUCUGACCUAUCAAGAAGAAUCAGAGAACUCCCUUGAAAACCCUCCUCCAGUUUAUUCUGAAACCGAGGAACAAGUGAUUGAGACCAUCACGACUCCAGUACACUCUGAAAGUUCUCAACCUGAAAGCAAUGAAUUGGUCCCGGAAUUCUGCGAAUCAUGGGAAUGUCUGAAACAAGAACCCGAGGAAGAAGAGAUGUUCAGAGAGACAGCUGACUGGGAUAACAAUGAUUUAGACCUGUUCCGAGAGCAGGAAUUUUCAGAGUUUGGGAAGCUUCAACAAAAUCCUGAACACUGUACUGUUGAAAGCGGCCAAGAUUCUUAUGUUCCCUGGAGUAACUUGUCAGGCAGCAGGAAAAAAGGCAAGAAGAGCCAGACCAAGGCAGAGAAGACAAUCAGCUUGCAAGUUCUUCGAAAAUACUUUUCUGGGAGCCUUAAAGAUGCUGCUAAGAGUAUUGGAGUUUGCCCCACCACUCUGAAAAGGAUAUGCAGGCAAUAUGGUAUCAACCGUUGGCCUUCUCGAAAGAUCAAGAAGGUUAACCACUCUUUGAGGAAACUCCAAGUUGUAGUUGACUCUGUCAUGGGUUCUCAAGGUCUCAUUGAAGUUGAUUCUUUUUAUACUGCCUUCCCAGAAUUGAGCUCCCCUAACUAUUCUGGGCAUAAUCCCUUUUCAUCUUUCAAGAUAACCGACUACUCGAAGGAAUCAAACCCAAAACCUGAGAGUCACUUGUUCAGCCCUGAAGGAACUGAUUCAAAAUCGCAGUCCUCUUUGAGCAGUCAGAAUUCUGGUUUGAGCAUCUGUCAUGGCCAAAAGCAGCUUACCCGCACAGCCAAUGGAUCGAGCACUGGGCAUGCCUCAGCUGUAGAAGACCCUGUCGAGGCGCUGAAGAGAACUUGCAGUAAAUCAGAAAUAAAUUCCUUGAAUCAGGAGGAAUUUGCUAGAGCCAAAAGCCAUGAAACAUUAGGCCAGCAUCAAAAUCUGGGGACCCAAGCACGCCUAGCAAUAAGUAAUAGCCAGGGUUUACAAGAUGGAGGUGCCUUUAGAGUUAAAGCCACUUUUGGUCAUGAAAAUAUCCGAUUUAGCUUGCAAGCAAAUUGGGGUUUUAGUGACUUGCGACGAGAGAUUGCAAAGCGUUUUGAUAUAUAUGAUUUCAGCAGAAUUGGUCUCAAGUAUUUGGACAACGAACACGAGUCAGUUCUUUUGACUUGUGAUGCUGAUCUUGAAGAGUGUAAAGAUUUGCUUGGCUUCUCUCAGAGUCGCACAAUCAAAAUAACCCUCUAUCCGGUUUCCAUACCAAUUCUAGGAAGUUCAUUCAGCAGCAGCAGAGACUUGUUCUGAUGCCAAGGCCAGUUCCUUGUUCACUUAUAGUGCAUGUGCACAAAAAUAGAAAUGUUCUCAUAUGCUGUAGAGGUGGCAACUUUUGUAAUGUUGGGAGAUUUAGAUUUUGCUAGUAAUCCUUUCAUUUUUCAUGUUAGCGUAACAGUCAUCAAUCUCUUUUAUAAAUCAAAGACUAUUAGAGACUUAUUAAA